UGGUUGGCGUUCGGUUUGUUUACUUUACAGAAGGCGCAGAUAAAAAGAGGGUGUUGUUUCUAACCUUUUAAAUAAGUGUCAGUUCGUUUAUAUUUUUUUACCAAACACAUAAAAUGUCAAUCAAUACGUCAAGCUCAGCUUUCCGAAAAAUUGACGUGGAUCAGUACAAUGAAGAUAACUUUGGAGAUGAAGAUCAGGGUGAACUCCAAUCACCACCAGUUGGACCCGAUGAAUCAGAAGUUACUUCCCUUCUGAAUCAAGGAAAAACUAUUGAUGCCCUUAAGACAGUCCUAAGGAAUGCUCCACUUGCUUCUAAAAAUCCUCAAGUGAAGGAUAAUGCCUUUAAUCUUACCAUGAAAGUGCUCCUGUACAUUAAAGGAUCCCAGGUAGAAGAAGCAGUCAGUGCAUUAGAUCGAGACCUUGUUGAUGUGCUGAUGAAAUACAUUUACCGUGGGUUUGAAACUCCAUCUGAGGGCAGCAGUGGUCAUCUUUUAUUAUGGCAUGAGCGAGCUUAUUCAGUUGGUGGUAUUGGAAGUAUAGUGCGAGUUCUCACAGAUAGUAAGAAAGCUUAAAUUUGUGUCUUUGUUAAUUGUAUCAUUUUUCAACCAACACAUUUUAAUUUUAUAAUUUUACAAAACUGUACUAUACUAUGCUUCAGUUCUACUUGCAUUCAUUGUUAAUUUAUACUUUGGGAUUUUUUUCUGUUACAUAAACUGGGGUUAAACAGAAGAAUAAUAUAAGAAAGUUGUUGAUCAGUA